CAAUGUGUUGGCCAUGCCAAUAUGGUAUAUUUCAUCCGUCUCUUGUUCCACCUCGCCUUUGCUUGCUGCUUAGCAAGCAUCUUCAACGUGCCUUACGCAUUCCACUUGAUUUACUACGACUGGUCCCCAUGGCAGUGGAUAUUCUGCGUUCUCAAUCCUGUGCCCUUCAUCUUAAUCGGUUGGAUUUCCAUCAGUCAGUUUUUCUUCUGCCUUAUGACCUCCUUGUGUGUCAUCCUCGGCCCCACAAUGUUCAUUCUUUUCCUCUAUCAUCUGCGUCAGAUUUUGCGGAAUCAGACAAGCGUAGAGGCACUCAUCUCGAAGGCGCAGAAUCCUACCCAAAUCCUCUAUGAGGAGCACGAUUUGAAGCCCCUGAAUUAUGAUUGUGGAUGGAGGGCUAACUUGGAACAAGUAAUGGGGAAGCGAUGGCUUCUGGGAUUUCUUUUUCCCUGUCUUCCUGUGAUGCGAUCUACGGACGGUCUAAGUUUUCCUUUCUCAGAUGCAUAG